UCGUUGACUCGACGUCUUUAAUCUCUGUUGCGACCCAGACCACUUGUGUGAUCCACGGACUUCCAGAGGCCGCCAAGGAAACAAGGACCAUUCCAACCCGAGAGAUUCUUUUGGCUAGGAAACCAAUCCGUCCGCUGGAAGGAACCGUUGCCUGUCUUUCCUUCUCUCUCUCCACUUCUCUCCUUACCUUCUUGUUCGGUACCAUAAGCCCAGAAGAGCCAGAAGCCUGAGGAGGAGUUCCCAUUCCAGACCAAGGACCGCAUAACAUGCAGCAUGUGUCGGCAUACGGGCUUCCCACUCCUCCGGCGUCCCCAGCAUUCAACCAGAAGUGCUCCCUUCUCCCACAACACAUCCCGGUGCACCAGCAAUGCCAGCCACGAUACGUUCCGGUAUCCCCGGAGGAGCGGCUAGGGAGGUUCCUCACAGGAUCGCUGCAGUUGAACGGGAUCCUAGGCACAGGCGCCUACGGAGUCGUCUACUCGGCCCUCGACAUAUCGACGAACAUCCGAUACGCCGUCAAGUGUUUGAGCAAGUUCAACGCUGAUGGCACCCCUCUGGACCGACGACAAGUUGCCUUCCAAACGAGGGAAAUACGUUUGCACUACCGCGCAUCAGCACACCCCAAUGUGGUCUCCAUGUUGAAGAUUAUCGACAACCCGGACUGCAUAUACGUUAUCCUAGAGUACUGCCCUGAGGGAGAUCUGUUCUACAACAUCACCGAGCGUGGCCACUAUGUGGGUAAGGAUGAUCUUGCCAAGAGGGUCUUCCUCCAGAUCCUGGACGCUGUAGAACACUGCCACCGCCUGGGCAUCUAUCACCGGGACCUCAAACCUGAGAACAUUCUGGUCACGGAUCAGGGAGAGACUGUCAAGCUGGCAGACUUUGGCCUUGCUACCUCUUCCGACCAAUCCGAGGAUUAUGGAUGCGGAUCAACCUUCUAUAUGUCCCCAGAAUGUCUGGAUCACUCAACCCGGAGGCCCUUCUACUAUUGCGCGCCCAACGACGUUUGGAGCCUUGGUGUCAUCCUGGUCAACCUUACCUGCGGGCGCAACCCAUGGAAACAGGCCUCUUUUGAGGACUCUACCUAUCGUGCCUUCACCAGACACCCAGGUUUCUUGAAGACGAUCCUCCCGCUGUCGGACGAACUGAACGACAUCCUGGGAAGGAUCUUCACCCGGAACCCUGAGCAGAGAAUUACGUUACCGGAACUCAGAGCGAGGAUUGCUGCCUGCUCCAGUUUCACCCAGCAGACGGCGACAUCGCCGCUUGUGCCCACCCCACCUGCUUCUCCGGAGCAUGUGCCAUCAUACGUUGACUGUGAGGAAUCCGCCGUGGAUGCCGAUUUCGGCUACGGGGCGCCCUUGUCGCCUGCAUCGUCUGAUUCCGCCUCGGAAGCAUCAACCUGCCUUUCCGAUGAGGGUUCGCUCACUUCGAGCUGUUCGACAAUCGACGACCUCGAAGAAGAUGACGACGACGACCUGAUUGAGGAACCGCCCGAGAUUCACACACCACCACCGCAGCCAGAGGGACACACAUCGAUCUACGAUCCAGGGGAGGCCGGAAUGCUUGCUUAUUCCCAGGAGUUUGCCCACCACUCGCCUGGAUCUGUCCCAGAGCCAAUCCAGGCCAUGCAUAUGCCUGCACCGCAGAGCUGCCUGCCCAAGUUCCCCAUGCACUUGUGGGGAGAUUGGCUUAACAGAUACGCGCAGCCUGCACCAUUGCAGCAUCCCGCUCCCUUCCCAUUUCAUCAUCACCAUGUCCCUCUGUUCACUUCGAUCCAUGGCUGCUAAGCCCCAUCUCUUACUACCUCUCGCUGUCUUGACGUCGCCGACGCUUGACAUGGUUGAGUAAGCUGUGUUGGUUCCGGACGCUGGCUCUCAUCCACUCUCGCAGCUGG